CGAGGCUCCGUCAUCUAAGCUACCGUGCUGCUAUAGAAGUAGUUGUUGCUCUUGACUCGGCUUGAGCCUCGCGCACUUUCUUGUUCCUCAGAGCGGCCGUCAUACAACAGCGCCGUCUUGCCGACAACAGCGACAAAAGUACUACAACUCACGACUCCUGCUGCGUGGUUGGCUACCACCAGACGAUCGCAUCCGACGACGAGAACCUGCAGACGUUGUCUUCAUUUCGGUCGUGUCAACAUGGCCAGUUGGACACGCUUAUCCUCCGAGGACGGCAGACAUGCAUAUGCGGUACUACAGGAGCCAAUCCAGAAACCAGACCUAGAUGAUAGGGACUACAGAGUGCUCGACCUGGACAAUGGCCUUCGUGCGGUGCUGGUUCACGACGCGAGUGCAGAGAAGGCGGCCGCAUGUUUGACAGUACAAGUGGGAGCCAUGCAGGAUCCGGAUGACGUGCCGGGACUGGCUCACUUCUGCGAACACAUGCUCCUGAAGGGAACCGAACCUUACCCAGAGGAGAAUGACUUCUUCGCGUACAUAACGUCACACGGCGGUACCAAAAACGCGUCCACUUCAGCGAAUCAGACCAACUACUGGUUCUCCAUCGGCUCCUCCCAUCUCUCGGGAGCCCUCCCCCGUCUAGCCGCAUUCUUUCAUUCACCUCUAUUCACCGAGUCCCUGACAAAGCGGGAGAUCUACGCAGUCGAUAACGAGCACAGGCGGAACAUACAGAAUGACGGCCGGAGGGUGUACAUGGUCGACAAGAUGCUCGGCACGCCGGGGCAUCCUUAUACUAGAUUUCAGACUGGGAGCGUCGAGAGCAUUACGGAGGCGGCGAGGAAGGAGCUCGGGGUGGAAGGUGUACGGGAAACGCGUGAUGAGGGUGAUGUGGAUGAUGAGCAGCCUGUGUGGAAAAAGACACGCGAUCGGCUGGUCGAGUGGUGGAAGGUGCAUUACUGUGCGGGACGGAUGACUCUGGCGAUCCUCGGAAAAGAGUCCUUGGAUGAACUCACAACGUCUGUCGUAUCCCUCUUCUCUCCCAUCAAGAACCUCGGGCUGGAUCCACGCCCGGUGAUCACAACGCCCCUCUGGGGGCCGUCCGAGAUGAGUUCGAUCGUCUACAUCAAGACGGUGAAGGACACAACCGCGCUCACGCUGAAGUUCAUGCUUCCGGACCAACAAGCACAUUUUCGCAGCAAGCCUGCGCGCGUGCUCGCUCACCUGGUGGGACACGAGGGACCCGGGAGUGUCUGCGCCUAUUUGCGACGGAAGGGUUGGGUCGAUUACCGCGCGGUGAGCUCAGGAGUGAGCUCGGAGAAUCCGAGCGUGCAGUAUCUGCGAGUGAGGUGCCACCUAACCAGAGAAGGAUACGCACACUACAGGGAAGUCCUAGAAGCGUUCUAUGACUACUUCACGCUCCUCCGCUCGUCCACUCUCGAGCCGUACCACUUCGACGAGCUCAGGCGGAUGUCCGCGAUCAACUUCCGCUUCCAGGAGAAGACGCAGCCGCAUACCUAUGUCGGCUGGCUGGCACGCGAACUCGCAAGUCCGUACCCGCCAUCGCAGGUCCUCAGUGCGUCGUCGCUCUUCCUGGACUGGGAUGAGGCGGCUGUGCGGGAGCUGCUCGAGACGUACGUGCUACCGGAGAAGGGCAGGGUCGUGUUGGAGGCAUUGGAGCACUCUGAAAUUGGACAGGAUGAGUGGCAGAAGGAGAGAUGGUACGGAGCGGAGUAUUGCGUGCGGAAGCUAGAUGAGAACUUGCUGAGGAAGCCCCGCAGUCCCGGUGACAACAAGGAAUUGUAUCUACCUGGCCCCAACCUGUUCAUUCCGAACGACCUCUCUGUUGAGAAGCUGGAUACACCAACACCGGCGCCAGCCCCUGCAUGUAUACAUCACACCGCCUUGUCCACACUGUGGUUCAAGAAAGACGAUCGGUUCUGGGUGCCCAGGGCGUCAGCAAAGAUCGACAUACGAAGUCCACUGGCGUAUGGCACGCCUCGUCAAGCGGUUCUCACGAGGAUGAUAGCCGAUCUAGUCGAGGAUGCUCUUUCAGAGGUGGCGUACGAUGCCUACCUCGCGGGAUUCAACUACGACAUCACGAACCACAAGAAGGGCAUCCGAGUAUCUGUCAGCGGAUACAGUGACAAGCUCGACGUCGUUGCUGGCACCGUCAUACGAUACCUCAAGGACUUACAGGUGGACCCGAAGAGAUUGGAGAUUGCCAAGGAGCAGGUCACUCGUCUAUAUGAGAACCAUCGUCUCGGGCAGCCGAGCAAUCUGUCCGACGAGUAUGCGGAGUGGGCGAUCACACAGACGGUAUGGACACCAGCGGACAAGCUGCCUGAAAUACCCUUUGUCAUCUCCGAGGAUGUUCGAAGACACCAUCAAGAGAUCCUCAGCAAAGUGCACGUGGAAGCGCUUGUGACGGGGAACCUUCGCGCCGAGCAAGCCAUCGCACUUGUACAUGCUACAGAGGACAGCUUACAAUCUCGGCCGUGCCUUCCUAACGAGAGGACCGAGGAUCGUGCACUCGUCAUUUCUCCUGGAGCAAACAUCGUUCUCCGAAAGCAACAUGUGAAUGUUCAAGAACUCAAUAGCAGCCUGUCGUACUACUGCCAGUUCGGCGAAGUAUCCGACGAGUCACUUCGCCCCGCUCUAGCCCUCCUCGCACAUAUUAUCCGCUCACCGGCUUUCGACCAACUGAGGACCCGGGAGCAACUAGGUUAUGUCGUCUCCAGUUCUAUGUGGGACGUCGUUACCUCGAUGGGUCUCAGCUUCAAGAUCCAGAGCACCCGAGCCCCGUGGUACCUGGAAGAGCGGGUGGAAGUGUUCCUGGAGCAGUUCCGAGACACCCUAGCAGGAAUGUCUCAAGAGGACUUCGAGACCGAGAAGGAGGGCCUGAUUGUAAAGUUGCUCGAGCGACCCAAGAACUUGUAUGAGGAAACACUCUCAUUCUGGGCACAGAUUCGCCAAGGAUGCUAUGAUUUCCUGCGAAGGCAAAAGGAUGCAUCCACGAUCAAGGUUAUGUCCUUGGAAGAGGUCGUCAAGACGUACGAGAUCUUCGUCUGCCCUUCGACCGGACACACGACGCGCAAGAAACUAUCAGUGCAGCUAGUCUCGCAGCAGAUAAACGAGGCUGUACCGUCUCAUGAGAAUGUAUCGAUCCUCACCGACGAGAGUCUGACGGCAUACAAGUCGAGCUUGGCAUGCUAUGGCGCAGCAAUCCCUGUGGAUUCCGAGAUCAGCCGAUGGAGGACACCCGUCGAAAGGAGAGCAAACCUGUGAGGAUGACAUGGCAGGGACAUACCACUUCUUCUUGUACCAAUAGCAGUGACGGCGACCGCGUUGUACUGAUAUCGUCCUUGGGACAACACAU